AUAAAGCAGAAGAAAAUAUUUUUAUUAGUCUGCUAAGAUCAUUACAGAUUUCACUGAUUGAUGGAUUAGUUGACAAGAUUAAGAGCAGAGCAAUAAGAUUUCGCACUUUACGUGGCAGUGAAAAAUGUGGUUCGAAAUGAUGAAUAGAAAAAUACAAAAACAGAAUUGGUAAAUAAAAGAAGGAGGUGGGAUCAUCAACAAGUUGGAGGGAGAGACUGAAAGUACAAAUGCCCGUGGCUUUGGUUGUACAACCAGCAACAUAAUAGUUAUACACAAGUGUGUAUUCUGGUUUGCAAUAAUAAAAUCGGUUCUGUGCUGACGACAAAAACAUUAAAUAUACAGACAUUGUGGAGAUGUCGCAUAAUAGUCGCGAGAUCAUCACGAGUCUACAUGUGCUUUGGGAAUGUACCGGUAACAAUUACACUCUUUUGUGUCUCUAGCAUAUGAAAGGGAUAUUAACUGAUGUAACUAACCCAAGACUUUAAGUUUAAAACAGUUUUAAUUUAAAAACUCUACAAGAAUUAUUUUUUAAUUGAAAGUGAGUUUUAAUUAAUUUCAUCAUGACUCAGGACCUUCCAGAAGUUGAAGCAAGGAUUGGAAAAAUAAACUCGUCGUUAGAUACAAAUGGUUACUCAACAGAAAAGAAGGAAGUUUCUAAACUAAGAGUAGCAUUCCCACAAGUAUGUGCAGUAAGUGCAAAAAAUCUUCUUCUUUUGACUUUUGGAACAACUUUGGGUUUCUCAACAAUCCUUUUACCAGCUUUGCAAAAAGAAAAUCCAGAUGUAGCAGUAACUCGUGAAGAAAUUACGUGGAUCAGUAGCAUCAACUUAUUUAUGGUGCCUCUAGGAUGUAUAAUAAGUGGACCAAUUUCUCAUUACCUAGGACGAAAGCGAACAAUGCUAAUAGCAAACAUCCCCUUUAUCACUGCCUGGAUAAUAUUAUACUUUGCCACCUCGGCACCAUACAUCUUCAUGGCUCUAGCUUUGACAGGCCUAACAGGUGGUCUUUGCGAAGCUCCAGUGUUGACGUAUGUUGCUGAAGUGACGCAACCACACCUUCGUGGAAUGCUUUCUGCGACCGCGUCGAUGGCCGUGAUCGUUGGUGUUUUUACACAACUAUUAACUGGCAGUCUUACGGACUGGAGGACAGUUGCAUUAAUUAAUUUGACCUAUCCUGUCAUGUGUUUUGUUGCUCUCUGUAUGAUGCCGGAAAGUCCUUACUGGCUAGCAGGAAAAGAUCGUCUAGAAGAUGCAGAAAAAUCAUUAUGCUGGCUAAGAGGAUGGGUAAAACCGUCUCAAGUUCGUGAAGAAUUUGCAACAGUCUGUCAAGUAGUGAAACGACCACUUGAUAAUGAAGAAAAACAAAGCUGCUGGAGGAUAUUCGGGAAAAAGACAUUUAUAUCUCCCUUUAUUCUCGUAAGCUUAUCAUUUUUUGUCGCAACAUUUGGUGGUACAGCAACUCUUCAAACAUUUGCCGUCUACAUCUUUGCUCGCAUGGAAGCACCGUUGAACAAGUACACAGCAACUGUAUUCCUUGGCAUUGCUGAAAUUAUUGGUACAGCAGUUUGUGUGUUUGCUAUUCACUUUACGGGAAAACGGAAGAUUACCUUUGCAUCAAUUAGUGGAACAGGAGUUUGUUUUCUUGGCAGUGCAGUUUAUGGUUAUCUCAUACAAUUUGAAUUCAUUGACGGUGUUAAUUAUACUUGGAUUCCAACUGCUCUCCUCAUUGGUGCAGCAUUUUUCUCACACAUGGGAAUUAAAUUACUUCCUUGGAUACUAUGUGGAGAAGUGUUUCCUUCGAAGGGUCGAAGCACAGCUACUGGAGCGGCAGCUACAACAGCUUACAUCUUUUCAUCAGUUGCCAACAAAAUAUUCCUCUACAUGGUAGAUUUGAUGAGUCUCUUAGGCACGUUCCUCUUUUACGCCAGUGUUAAUAUUGCUGGGUAUAUUGCUCUUUACUACUUACUACCCGAAACUGAGGGAAGAACACUCAAAGAGAUUGAGGACCACUAUGCGGGUAUUCAAAGUCUGAAUAGCAAGCCGAAUAAAGACAAGUCGGUGUCUAAAGAGAAAUGGGCUGCUUCAAAUCCUGGUUUGGUUGUAGACGAUUAUGAGAGUAAACUCUAGUUAUUUGAUGCAACUGUAAACUAAUUAUAUUUGUGAGUGUCUCAGUUUCUCAUUACAGUCCAAGUUAACUUCUCUGAAGACAUUUCAAUUAAUGUUUUAAAGAAGCUAAAUAUAAUUGGCAAAAAUUGUACAUUAUAUUUUUAGAGAAUAGUUAAUUUUUUAAAAUAUACUUCUACGAUUUUAAAAUAAGUUAUAUUUUUACUUGUUAAUGUAUCUUAUUUUUUUAUAAAAUGUUUAUUUUAUUGACGAAUUUUUUAUAUUCAUUUAAAUUUAAAAUAACAAAUCACAUAAUUAUUCAUUCGUUUUAUUACUGGAACAAAUUGUCAAGACUCUCCUAACUGUUAA